CUUGGAAGCAGGUGUGUUCAUAUGGCCAAUCUGUGUUAAGCAAUUUGGUUAAUAAUGUAAAACGUCGUUUUGCAUUCGAUCACGUUACUCGACAACAACAUAACCCACGGUAACCCGCUACCGGCUACCCACUAGGCACUAUCACCCACUAUAUUUGAUUGCAAACCACGUCCAACCACGUCGCAUGGUCCAUGUGUACAACUGGAUUCUUCAUCUCCUGAAGCAAAAUUGGCUCGUUUUGGAAAUAUUUGACAACGUACAUCAUCCGAAAUUAGCGCAAGAACAAUAUAAGAUUUAAUUCCAAAGUCAACGCAAAGCGUUGGUGCAAAAUCUUCCGUCUUCAAAAAGUAAACAGUGGAAGAAUAGAGUUACUCCAGUAUUUUAUCUCGUUUGUUACUUAUAACUUACAAUAUCUACAUCGAAACGUUUUAUUAUAAUACCCAUAGAAUGCAUAGAAUCUAAAAAGUAUUUUGGUAUUUAGUAUGACAGUAAACAAUGUCUUUGCUAGGAUGUAAGUUAUAUUCAAGGUGUAUAACCUCACUUUUGUCACCCACGAGAUUCAAUCAACAUUUCUUUAAGAAAUAUUCGCAACCGCACCAUUUAUUAAACAUGAACGAGGUACUUGUGAGGUACGACAAGGGCAACCAGAAAUUCGAAGUGUCACUUCGUUAUGUUAAUUCUGAUUUAAACGUAGACAAACAAUUCAAUUUCAAUAGAAACGUGAACGAAUCGAUAAAUACUUUUCUGACUAGAAUAAGCAUGAAUAUAAAGAGUUACACAACGAAAAAACUCAACAAACGAAUGAAAAUAAAAAGGAAAGAUACGGAGGUGGUGGAUGACAUAAUGAGUACUCUAAAUAAUAAAACAAUUAAAUUAAUUAAGGAUGAUUCUACACUCGAUGGUGAACUUCCAUGUAAAUCGAUUCUAGAAGAUGCAUCGAAUAUAAAAUUGGUCCUUUUCGGUACAGAAUAUGUAUUGAAACAGAAUGUACCUUUCGUUACUGCGAUAAACCUGCCAACAAGCAUUCUAAUUGGUUUUCCAACUUACCCCUCAAAAUUUCAAUCAGUUUACGUUGAUAAAUUAAAGUCAACUUUUAAUUGGUACAGAAAAGAAAAAGACAAGUGGAUCCAUGUUGGAGAAGGUUAUUUAUAUGUACCUGAUGCAUCGAAUAUUGGACAUAAAUUGAAAAUAACAUGUGUACCAAGAAAUGAUACACAGGUUGGUCCAAUCAUAGAAGUUGUAUCUCUGAAUCCAGUGGAAGCUGGUCCAGGACCGUGUCCUUUUGAAGAUAGACAUGCUUUUACCAGAAGUAAAUUGUCAGGUAAAAGUUUCAGAGUAACAUCGUACAAUAUAUUGGCAAAUGUAUAUUCAGAAACUAGUUUAUCUAAGGAUGUCUUAUAUCCAUAUUGCCCAUCUUAUGCAUUAUCCAUGGAUUACAGGAAACUACUAAUUCUCAAAGAAUUAAUAGGAUACAAUUCAGAUAUAAUAUGUCUUCAAGAAGUAGAUAAGAAAAUUUAUGAAAAUGAUUUAUUACCAGCUUUAUGUACAUUGAAUUAUGAUAGCAUAUACAAUCUUAAAAAUGAUUUACGAGAAGGAAUAACGAUAUUUUACAAUCGCGACAGAUUCGAUAAAUUGAGUUCCAGUUACAGUGUACUUUCACAGGAUACAGAUUUAAUUGGGUUUAAUGAUGUUUGGUCAAAGAUACAAAAUGAAAGGGUAAAACAGACAUAUUCGGGUAGAAGUACAAUUAUACAGACGUUAGUAUUACAGUCCAAAGAGAACUCUGAAAUCUUGAUUGUUGGCAAUACGCACUUAUAUUUUCGGCCAGAUGCAAAUCAUAUACGUUUGUUACAAGCAUACUACGGUUUGAUGUAUUUACAGAAAUUUGCAAAGGACGUGAAAGAAGAGAAUCCAGAAUGUAACGUUAGCAUUAUAUAUUGUGGAGAUUUUAACAGUGUGCCAGAAAAUGCAGUUUAUCAGUUAAUGACUGAAAAUUACGUACCAGAAGACUGUGCUGAUUGGAAAUCUAGCCCCGAUGAAGUCAUAGAGAAUGUAUCCCUCAAACACGAUCUUAAUUUAGCCAGCGCUUGUGGUACUCCAAAAUAUACAAAUUACACAGGCACCUUUUGUGGAUGUUUGGAUUAUAUAUUUUAUCAGAAGGAUUAUUUAAGAAUUGAACAGGUUAUACCGAUACCUAGUACCGACGAGCUUAGUCUGCAUACGGGUCUUCCAUCUGUAGUAUUUCCAAGUGAUCACAUUUCUUUGUGUGUUGAUUUAAAUUGGAUAAAAUAAAAUAAUCACAUAUCGCAUUUCGGAAUAGUGAAUAAUGUUUUUAAAGAAACGAGACGACAAUCAUUUAAAAUCAAUGUAAACUCCACUUUACAUUAAUUAAAAUAAACCCGAUAUAACUUAUUCAUCCAUAAAUCUCGGACGCAGAGCUUUUUUUAGGAAUGCGAGGGUAUCCAAAAAGAUGAAAACUGCUCGAAAUGGAUGAAAUCAGUUGUUUGAUUAGAAACAUGAGAAUAUGCUGUUUUCGAUGAAUUUUUGUUAAUUUAUUAAAUAAUAAUUUCAACUUUGUAGAAUUUUUAUAAAACGUACACAAUACGA